UGGGCUCCGCGCUGCUCCCGGACGGACACACGCGUCCUGACCGCGGGCUGCUCUCCGGCCGCGCACAGCCGCCCUCUCCCUGCCCUGCGCGCAACUGUCAGGAGAAAACGGGACGGCGCAUAUUGGCUCGGCGACACGCCGAGGCUCCUCCCCGAGUCUGGAUCCUUAUAUUUUGGGAGAAUUUCUUUGAACUCAGUUAGCGAGCUCGGGGAAGGAGGCAAGUUCCCACCGCCGGCUCGGCUCGGCGAAGGCUCGCCCACCUUCCCUGCAGCAGCCUCCCUGCGUCCUCGCCGCCGUCCUCCUCCUUUUCGGCCCCGCUAGAGGAGAACGCGCGCUGGCCGGGUGGAGGAAAAUGCUAGCGAUCUGGAUGUGACCGUGAAGAGAGGACGCGUGGCUGGAGGAGGCAGAGAGAUGAGAAGACCCAUUAUUUGAGAACCACCAGCCGCUCCAACCUUUUCUGAAAAUUGGUGCUAUUACUUCUGGGGUCCAUUUGCUUUUAUUCUUCCCAACCCCCCAUUAAGAAAUCUUGACUUGAGGACCAACCCCUACCACGAGGGGGGACUCCUUCUGGGUUGGCAGACCUUUUGGAUGUAGCCUUGUGGGAACAUUUAGACCCUUUCCUCUGGAAAAGCCACCAUGAAUUCGGUAGCUGGAAAUAAAGAGAGGCUUGCGGUCUCCACCAGGGGCAAGAAAUACGGGGUGAACGAAAUGUGCUCGCCCACCAAGCCCUCAGCGCCCUGCUCUCCUGAGAGCUGGUACCGCAAGGCUUACGAGGAGUCGCGCGCCGGCAGCCGGCCCACCCCGGAGGGAGCAGGCUCUGCGCUGGGCUCAUCGGGUACCCCGUCCCCGGGCUCGGGCACCUCGUCCCCGAGCUCCUUCACCGGCUCUCCGGGACCCGCUUCUCCGGGCAUCGGUACCAGCUCGCCCGGCUCCCUGGGCGGCUCACCGGGCUUCGGCACCGGCUCCCCGGGCUCGGGCAGCGGCGGCGGCUCCUCCCCCGGCUCCGAUCGCGGCGUCUGGUGCGAGAACUGUAACGCCCGCUUGGUGGAGCUGAAGAGGCAGGCUCUCAAGCUGCUGCUGCCGGGACCCCUCCCGGGCAAGGACCCUGCUUUCUCUGCUGUGAUUCAUGACAAACUCCAGGUUCCUAAUACCAUCAGGAAGUCGUGGAAUGACCGAGACAACCGCUGUGACAUUUGUGCCACACACCUGAACCAGCUAAAGCAGGAAGCCAUCCAAAUGGUGCUGACCUUGGAGCAGGCAGCUGGCAGCGAGCACUAUGACACCUCUCUGGGUUCACCCCCUCCGAUCUCCAGCAUCCCCACACUGGUGGGGUCUCGCCACAUGGGUGGGCUCCAGCAGCCCAGGGAGUGGGCCUUUGUGCCUGCCCCCUAUGCCACCUCUACCUACACAGGCCUUGUCAACAAACACAGCGGCAAACCCAACAGCCUCGGAGUCAGCAACGGAGCAGAAAAGAAGAGUGGAUCCCCAACCCACCAGGCCAAGGUCAGCCUCCAGAUGGCCACCAGUCCCAGCAAUGGAAACAUCCUCAACUCAGUGGCCAUUCAGGCUCACCAGUAUCUAGAUGGCACCUGGUCCCUUUCACGAACCAAUGGGGUUACCCUGUACCCCUACCAGAUCUCCCAGCUGAUGACAGAGACCAGCCGCGAGGGACUGACAGAGUCAGCGCUCAACCGCUACAAUGCUGACAAGCCUGCAGCCAGCAGUGUCCCAGCCCCACAGGGUUCCUGUGUGGCCAGUGAGACUUCCACAGGGACCUCGGUGGCUGCCUCCUUCUUCGCACGAGCUGCCCAGAAGUUAAAUCUGUCAUCUAAGAAGAAGAAACACCGGCCUUCAACUCCCUCUGUUGCGGAGGCUCCCCUCUUUGCGACCAGCUUCAGUGGGAUCCUGCAGACCUCACCUCCCCCAGCCCCACCCUGUCUCCUGAGGGCUGUCAACAAGGUGAAGGACACUCCUGGCAUGGGCAAGGUGAAAGUCAUGCUGCGUAUCUGUUCCACGUCAGCUCGAGAUACCUCCGAAUCCAGCUCUUUCCUGAAGGUGGACCCACGGAAGAAGCAGAUCACCUUGUAUGACCCCCUGACUUGUGGAGGUCACAAUGCCUUCCAGAAAAGAAGCAGCCAGGUGCCUCCAAAGAUGUUUGCCUUCGAUGCGGUUUUCCCACAAGAUGCUUCUCAGGCUGAAGUUUGUGCUGGAACUGUGGCAGAAGUCAUCCAGUCUGUGGUGAAUGGGGCAGAUGGCUGUGUGUUCUGUUUUGGCCAUGCCAAGCUAGGGAAAUCCUACACCAUGAUCGGAAGGGAUGACUCUAUGCAGAACCUGGGCAUUAUUCCAUGUGCUAUUUCUUGGCUGUUCAAGCUUAUCAAUGAGCGCAAAGAGAAGACGGGGGCCCGAUUCUCAGUCCGCAUCUCAGCCGUUGAGGUGUGGGGAAAAGAGGAGAACCUUCGAGACCUGCUGUCUGAGGUGGCCACGGGCAGCCUACAGGACGGGCAGUCCCCUGGCGUAUACCUCUGUGAAGACCCCAUCUGUGGCACACAGCUGCAGAACCAGAGUGAGCUGCGGGCCCCCACCGCAGAGAAAGCUGCCUUCUUCCUGGACGCUGCCAUUGCCUCGAGGCGAAGCAACCAACAGGAUUGUGACGAGGAUGACCACCGCAACUCCCAUAUGCUCUUCACCCUGCACAUCUACCAGUACCGGAUGGAGAAGAGCGGGAAGGGUGGAAUGUCUGGAGGUCGAAGCCGCCUGCAUCUCAUCGACCUUGGGAGCUGUGUUAAAGCUCUCAGCAAAAACCGAGAAGGAGGCUCGGGGCUGUGCCUCUCACUGUCUGCUCUGGGCAACGUCAUCCUGGCUUUGGUCAAUGGGAGCAAGCAUAUCCCGUACAAGGAGAGCAAGCUCACCAUGCUUCUGAGGGAGUCUCUGGGGAAUGUGAACUGUCGCACCACCAUGAUCGCACACAUCUCGGCCGCAGCCGGCAGCUAUGCAGAGACCCUGUCCACCAUCCAGAUCGCGUCGAGAGUCUUAAGGAUGAAGAAGAAGAAGACCAAGUACACAUCAAGCUCCUCUGGGGGAGAAAGCUCCUGUGAGGAAGGCAGAAUGCGCAGGCCCACCCAGCUGAGACCCUUCCAUGCCCGGGCUCCAGUGGACCCAGAAUUCCCCCUCGCCCCACUGUCCAGUGAUCCUGAUUAUUCCUCCAGCAGUGAGCAGUCCUGCGACACCGUCAUCUACAUCGGGCCCAAUGGCACAGCCCUGUCUGACAAGGAACUCACUGACAAUGAGGGACCCCCAGACUUUGUGCCCAUUGUGCCAGCCCUACAGAAGACCAGAGGUGACAGCCGGCCGGGGGAGGCAGCAGAGGCUGCAGCCAGCAAGUCAGAAAGGGACUGUCUGAAGUGCAAUACGUUUGCCGAGCUGCAGGAAAGACUAGAUUGCAUAGAUGGCAGCGAAGAACCCAGUAAGUUCCCCUUCGAAGAGCUGCCCAUCCAGUUCGGGCCGGAGCAGGCUGGCAGAUGUGCUUCUUUAAGCCAAGCAGCGGGGCCAGACACACCCUCUGAGUCUGAAAAGGAAGAUAAUGGGUCAGACAAUGGCCCGUUGACUGAGAGGGAAGGCACAGAGCUUCCAGCCUCCAAGGCGCAGCGGAAUCGGUCCCCUGUGCCUACUGUGACACGCAGCAGCAGCCCCAGUCCAGCCUCGCCACGGAGCAUCCCGGGCAGCAGUAGCCAGCACAGUACGUCCCAGCUCACACAGAGCCCCAGUCUCCAGAGCAGCCGGGAGAGUCUGAACUCAUGUGGCUUUGUGGAGGGCAAACCCAGACCCAUGGGCUCCCCGAGGCUAGGCAUUGCCAGUCUGUCCAAGACCUCAGAGUACAAACCUCCCAGUUCUCCCUCUCAAAGGUGCAAAGUCUACACCCAGAAGGGGGUCCUGCCCUCCUCUGCCCCACCACCUUCCCUGAGCAAGGACUCUGGCAUGGUCUCCAGUGAGUCCUUGCUUCAGCCCGAUGUGCGUACUCCCCCCGUUGGAAUGAGCCCCCAGGUUUUGAAGAAAUCCAUGUCUGCCGGGAGCGAAGGGUUUCCCGGAACUCUAGUUGAUGGUGAGGACCAGGAAGGCCCUCCUUCAGACUCCAAGAAGGAGAUUCUGAGUACCACAAUGGUGACUGUGCAACAGCCACUGGAGCUGAAUGGUGAGGAUGAGCUGGUCUUCACACUGGUGGAGGAGCUGACCAUCAGCGGGGUGCUCGACAGUGGUCGCCCUACCAGCAUCAUCAGCUUCAACAGUGACUGCUCCGUGCAGGCCCUGGCCUCGGGCUCCCGGCCCGUCAGCAUCAUCAGCAGCAUCAGCGAGGAUCUGGAAUGCUACUCUAGCAUGGCCCCCGUCUCCGAGGUGAGCAUCACGCAGUUCCUGCCGCUCCCGAAGCUGGGCCUGGAUGAGAAGGCUCGGGAUGCGGGCAGCCGGCGUUCCUCCAUCAGCUCCUGGCUGAGCGAGAUGAGCGCAGGCAGCGAUGGCGAGCAGUCAUGCCACAGCUUCAUAGCCCAGACAUGCUUUGGGCAUGGGGAAGCCAUGGCAGAACCCCCAGCCUCGGAGUUUGUCAGCAGCAUCCAGAACACGGCGGUGGUGUGCAGAGAGAAGCCCGAGGUGGGCCCUGACAACCUGCUCAUCUUAUCUGAGAUGGGGGAAGAGUCUGGCAACAAAGCUGCUCCCAUCAAAGGCUGCAAAAUCUCUACAGUGGGCAAGGCCAUGGUCACCAUCUCCAACACAGCCAGUCUGAGCAGCUGCGAAGGGUACAUCCCCAUGAAGACCAACAUCACCGUUUACCCCUGCAUCGCCCUGAGCCCCCGAAACGUUCAAGAGCCUGAAUCCUCCACUGCCACCCCAAAGGUGAGCCCCAAAGCAUCCCAGUCCCAGGAAAGCAAGGAACCCAGUACAAGGAAGGAGAUGAAAUUUGAGGAUCCCUGGCUUAAACGAGAAGAAGAGGUGAAAAGGGAGAACACUUACUCCAGCGAGGAAGGGGUUAAGUGUGAGCUGGUCCCUAGCUCCCUGAAGACUGAAGGUAAGUCAGAGCAGGAGCUGGAUGGCAGACCCAGCUCGGGCCACAGGCUGAGCAGCAGCAGCUCAGAGGCAGCCGCCUUUCAAGUGACCGACAACAUUAGGAGGGUCGUGGAUGGCUGUGAGAUGGCCCUGCCUGGCUUGGUGGCCCAGAGUCCCCUCCAUGCCAACCGAAACCUAAAGUCAAGCAGCCUCCCAAGGGCAUUUCAGAAAACCGACAGGCACGAGGAGCUGGACAGCUUCUACCAUUGCCUGGCAGACAGCAAUGGCUUCAGUGCUGCUCCGGGCAUCCCAUCCUCGAAGACAACCCUGGAGAGGAAAGUAGCCUCACCCAAGCAUUGCGUCCUGGCAAGGCCCAAAGGGACCCCACCUCUGCCUCCUGUCCGCAAGUCUAGUUUGGACCAGAAGAACAGGGCCAGCCCUCAACACAGUGGUGGUGGCAGCAACACCAGCAGCCCCCUGAACCAGCCAGCUACCUUCUUGGCUUGCUUCCCUGAUGAGUCUAACGGCAAGACUAAGGAUGCCAGUAGCAGCAGUAAGCUCUUCAGUGCCAAGCUGGAGCAGCUGGCCAGCAGAAGUAACUCUCUUGGCAGGACAACUGUCAGCCACUAUGAAUGCUUGUCUUUGGAGAGGGCCGAAAGCCUAUCGUCCGUGAGUUCCCGCAUGCAUGCUGGCAAAGAUAGUACCAUGCCCCGCACUGGGAGGAGCCUGGGUCGCAGCACGGGAGCCUCGCCGCCCAGCUGUGGCAUCACUCAGUCCGCAGGGGCCUCUCCUAAGGCCAACCAGUCUAAGAUCUCGGCAGUGAGCAAGCUCCUGCUGGCCAGUCCUAAAUCCCGCAGCAGCCUGUCCACCUCCACCACCAAAACCCUCAGCUUCUCCACCAAGUCCCUGCCACAGUCUGUGGGCCAGAGCUCCAACCUACCGCCCAGUGGGAAACACAUGUCCUGGUCCACCCAGUCGCUCAGCAGGAACCGGGGCUCUGGGCUGGCUUCCAAACUGCCGCUAAGAGCGGUCAACGGGCGCAUUUCGGAGCUGCUCCAGGGCAGUGCAGGCCCGAGGAGUGCACAGCUGCGGGCAGAGGCAGAAGAGCGCAGUGGGGCUCCCACGGAGGACAAGCCCGCAGCUGCCCACCUGCUGCCCUCUCCCUACAGCAAGAUCACCCCUCCAAGGAAGCCACACCGCUGCAGCAGCGGACAUGGUAGUGAUAACAGCAGUGUCCUGAGCGGGGAGCUGCCACCCGCCAUGGGGAAGACUGCCCUCUUCUACCACAGUGGUGGCAGCAGUGGCUAUGAGAGCAUGAUGAGGGACAGUGAGGCCACCGGCAGCGCAUCCUCGGCCCAGGACUCCAUGAGCGAGAACAGCAGCUCCGUGGGAGGGAGAUGCAGGAGCCUCAAGAACCCAAAGAAGCGGUCCAAUUCAGGUUCCCAGAGACGGAGGCUCAUUCCAGCACUGUCUCUUGAUACCCCCUCACCUGUGAGAAAAACUGCCAGCAGCACAGGGGUCCGCUGGGUGGAUGGACCCUUGAGGAGCACCCAGAGGAGCCUUGGGGAACCAUUCGAGAUUAAAGUCUAUGAGAUUGAUGACGUGGAGCGCCUGCAGCGACGUCGAGGAGCUACGAGCAAGGAGGUCAUGUGCUUCAAUGCCAAGCUGAAAAUCCUAGAACAUCGGCAGCAGAGAAUCGCCGAAGUCCGAGCCAAGUACGAGUGGCUGAUGAAGGAGCUGGAAGCGACCAAACAGUACCUGAUGCUGGACCCCAACAAGUGGCUUCGUGAAUUUGACUUGGAACAGGUCCUGCAGCUGGAUUCCCUGGAGUACCUGGAAGCACUGGAGGGUGUGACAGAGCGCCUGGAGAGCCGCGUCAACUUCUGCAAGGCCCAUCUCAUGAUGAUCACCUGCUUUGACAUCACCUCCAGGCGCCGAUAAGGACUGAUGGGCUCCGAGCCAUCAGGUCCUCUCUCCCCCAGGACUUCAGCAGGACACUGCCCUCCCAAGCCCUCUGUGCUGGCAACACCCAAGACAACAGGAUGAGGAUGAAGGUUGGUAGCAAGUCUGGAGUGAGCGUGGAGCGAAAGGCGAUGUUUCCUUUGUUUGCUGUAGGAAAGAAAGGUACAGACACCAACAUGUGGAAGGAGGAAAUGAUGGGAAGCCCCGUGGGACUGAGAAAGCACUUUGAGGAACCUUGAAGAACUCUGUACAUAGAGGACCGCUAGCAAAGAGACUCACCUUGCGGCUGUGGGAAAGGGGAGGGUGACGUGAGAUUACCAUGGAGAAUGAAACACCAACGAGAUGACCCAGAAUGAUGGAUCAAGUGCCUUGCAAAUCUUUAUGAUUAUCCAAACAUUUGUGUUCGUACUUUCUUGUGUCCAGAUGGUGCUAGUCAAGAAGAAAUCAACAAAACAGAAAACUCAACCCAGUUUUUGAAAUGUAUUGACGGCUUGUUUUCUCUUGGUAUUUUUCUCUUGUUUCUGAUUUGCUGUUUGUUUCUAAGAAGUUGUGUUUGUAGUGAUGUCUCCUAAUCGGUAUUGCAGCUGAAUAAAUGUUAACUGUCUUUCA